AUGUCCGCUAGCCAAAAUACCUACAGCAUCGCAUCCAUUCCAGCUGAUGGAAUUGGUCCAGAGGUUAUCGAUGCUGGUAUUACUGUUUUGAAUGCCUUGACCGAUACCCUCAAGACCUUCAAGUUGGACUUCAAGAACUAUGAUUGGAGCUCCGAGACCUACAAGAAGACCGGCAAAUACAUUCCCGAUGGAGGACUCGAGGAGCUUAAGAAGCAUGACGCGAUUUUCUUCGGCGCCGUCGGCGCUCCUGACGUCCCCGAUCACAUUUCUCUGUGGGGUCUAAGACUCGCCAUCUGCCAGACGUUCCAGCAGUAUGCGAACGUGCGCCCAACACGGGUGUUCCGCGGCACUGAGUCACCUUUGCGCAAGUGCGGCCCCAAUGACCUCGAUUGGGUGAUUAUCCGUGAGAACAGCGAAGGAGAGUAUGCGGGUCAGGGUGGCCGGUCCCACGCCGGAAAGCCAUGGGAGGUCGCGACUGAGGUUUCCAUCUUCUCCCGUCAUGGCGUGGAAAGGAUUAUGCGGUUUGCCUUUGAGACUGCUCAGAAGCGACCGCGCAAGUUGUUGACUGUGGUUACUAAGAGUAAUGCGCAGCGCAACGGUAUGGUUCUCUGGGAUGAAGUGGCAAAGCUUGUUGCUGCUGAUUUCCCCGAUGUCACUGUGGACAAGAUGCUUGUUGAUGCUAUGACUACUCGCAUGGUUCUGAAGCCCGAGAGCCUGGAUACCAUCGUUGCUACUAAUCUGCACGCUGAUAUCCUCUCUGAUCUCGCUGCCUCUCUGGCUGGAUCGAUUGGUAUCGCACCUACAUCUAACCUCGACCCCACACGGGAGUAUCCCAGUAUGUUCGAGCCCAUUCACGGCUCUGCUUUCGAUAUCACUGGUAUGGGUAUCCCAAACCCUGUGGCCACGUUCUGGACGGCUGCGGAGAUGCUUGCUUGGCUCGGCGAAGAGGAGGCUUCCAAGCAACUGUUGGAUUGUGUCGAGAAUGUAUGCGAGCAGGGAGUUCUUACCCGUGACUUGGGUGGUAAUGCCACAACGAAGCAGGUCACUGAUGCGGUUGUGGAGGAGAUCAAGAAGCUUGCGAUUCGCAAGGCCAUUAGCCCACCAUUGCCACGGGGCUCUCCCCGACUGGCUGAUAGCGGAUUAACUCCUGGGCCUGAAGACACUGUUCGCCCUACCAAGAUCGUCAACUCGCCAGUACAGCUUACCCAUAUUCGUGAUUUAUCGAAUGGUAAUAAUGUCGACACGAUCCGACUACGCGACAUUCUCGGAGAUCCCAUGAUCCGGGAAUGUUGGCAGUUCAAUUUCCUCUUCGAUGUGGACUUCCUCAUGUCACAGUUUGACGAAGAUGUCCGGGGUCUUGUGCAAGUCAAGGUUGUGCAUGGAUCGUGGAGGAGAGAGGAUUCAAAUCGGAUUCGAAUUGAGGAAACAUGUUCGCGAUAUCCUAAUGUUGAGCCUAUUGUGGCGUACAUGCCGGAACCUUUUGGGACACAUCAUUCCAAGAUGAUGAUUCUUCUUCGGCACGAUGACCUAGCUCAAGUCGUUAUCCACACUGCGAACAUGAUCGCUAUGGAUUGGACUAAUAUGACACAAGCCGCCUGGUGCUCUCCACUGCUUCCCCUAGAGAGAAUAAGCUCAGCAGGACCUCCGACAGGCUCAAAAAUCGGAUCAGGCGCACGGUUCAAAAGGGAUCUUCUAACUUAUCUGAAAGCAUAUGGACCUAAAAAGACCGGCCCGCUAGUUCAGCAGUUAGACCGCUAUGACUUCGGCGCUAUUCGCGCAGCCCUCAUUGCUAGUGUCCCGUCCAAAAAGCACAUCAGUGACUCCAGCUCAGAAGAGGACACACUAUGGGGCUGGCCUGCACUGAAAGACUUGAUGAGCCAAAUACCCAUCCGGCAGAAAACCACAGGCAAGAAACCACAUAUAGUCAUCCAGACAUCUUCAGUAGCAACCCUCGGCCAAACAAACAAAUGGCUCAAAGACGUCUUCUUCAAAGCCCUCAACCCAACAACACAACCAACAACCUACUCGAUAAUUUUCCCAACCCCAGACGAGAUCCGCCGUUCCUUAGACGGCUACAACUCCGGCGGCUCAAUUCACAUGAAAACACAAAGCGCAGCUCAACAAAAGCAACUCCAAUAUAUGCGUCCGUACCUCUGUCAAUGGGCAGGUGACUCCAUCCCUCCAAACCAAUGCAUCGACCUAUCCGAAGACAGCCCCCCGAGACGUGAAGCAGGCCGUGCCCGCGCUGCCCCGCACAUCAAGACUUACAUCCGUUUCGCGGACGCGGACAUGAAGACUCUCGACUGGGCGAUGGUGUCGUCGGCGAAUCUGUCCACGCAGGCGUGGGGCGCGAACAAUAAUUCGAGUGGUGAGGUGCGAAUUUGUAGCUGGGAGAUUGGUAUUGUUGUUUGGCCAGAGCUUUUCCGAGAUGGGGGUUGUGACGAUGUUGCUUCUGCUUCUGCUUCUGAAUCUCUAGCGGAAGGGGAAUCCCUUGCGCCGGACGCGCUGAUGGUUCCUUGCUUUAAGCGGGAUCGUCCUGCUGUGUCUGAGGAGGCUGAGACGGCUUCUGUGGUCGUCGGGUUCCGGAUGCCCUAUGAUCUUCCGUUGACGCCAUACGGUGCAGGCGAUGAGCCGUGGUGUGCGACUGCUUCGCAUCAUCUGCCGGACUGGCAGGGACAGAGCUGGAUUGUUUGA